AUCAGCGACUUCCCAGAGAAGAGGCAGAAGGAGUUGCUGGAGGGUUUGCUCCAGGAAUCCGAGGAUUUCUGGGGGCACGAGAGGAACCUGGUGAAGCACAAGAUGCCCGAGCUCUGCCGGUACUUUUACCGGACCUUGGUGGGAAGCAAAGAUGCAACCCGAUCGACCGAGUCAGGCACCUUCGAAAUGAGUGCUAGCCUAGCAGCGAAGGAGAUGAAAAGCCUGCAGAACACCAAGGGUGAGGUGAAGUUGGAGCACCCCGAGCGGGCCGAGCUGAGCAACUUGAGCAAAGUGGCCAACAAUGCAGCCAAGAGCUUGGAUGCCAAGCAUGGAGAGUUGAGCUCGGAAUGCAUUGCUCUCGAGAAUUGCCCCAAGCUCGCUAGCAAAGCGCCGGAGGUCCGGGUUACCCUGGAUGCUCUGAAGAAGUUUGUGGAGGAUCUUCGAAAGAUCCAGGUCCUGCUGGAUCGCAAGCUUCCCACGAUGGACGAGGCAGCCUGCAAGAACGAGAAAGCCGACAUGGAGCAGUGGAAUCGCAAUGCCAAUGAGCAUCUUGACAAUGUGAAGUUGCUGCUGAAGAAGGUUAAGGGCUGGCAGGCCUAG